GUGGUUGGGGCUCUAAAAUCCUGAGGAUGAGCUGGUCAACCAGCAGUCCCUGAGAGGAGGAACAUGGUCCUGCACGUGGUGUUUUUGCUGCUCUGGGUCUGCUGGCUUCACAGUGUGUUUGGUCAAGACUAUGAAGAUGACAAUCUACCAGCUGUAGACACUAUAACUCACUUUCCAGAAGUCAAAGAUGGCAAGUGCGUCUUUCCAUUCCAGUACAGAGGUGGGAUAUUCUAUGACUGCAUCAAGUUCAAGGCAAAACACAAGUGGUGCUCCCUAACUGAGACCUACCAAGGACGUUGGAAGUAUUGCUCUGAAGAAGACUUUGCAAAAUGUGUGUUUCCCUUCUGGUACAGACGCCUUAUCUACCGCGAAUGCACUGAACACGGGGAAGCGUUUGGGAGAAAAUGGUGCUCGCUGACCCAGAAUUAUAACAAGGACAAGGUCUGGAAAUAUUGUGACUGAUGGCGACAUUUUCUGGGAGGGGCAUGAGGAGGGUCUAAUCGUUCCCAGGGGAAAUAAAUGUCCAGUUUCUUUUGUGAAAGGAGGAGGUAGGACUCUCCUUAAAAACGUUUUUUGUUUUUGUUCUUGGUUUUUUUUUUUUCUGAGCUAUGAUCUGGCUGUAAAUAGCUCGAGGUUUUGGUCGUGGAUUAUGGAUGAUGGGGUUUUUAUAUGGAAACUUCUAUUGUAGCCUCAGCACUUUUGCUUACUAACUGGGUUAAAUUUGGCCUUUUUUUUUUUUUUUUUUUUUGAGAGAGAGAGAGAGAGAGAGAGAGAGAAUCCCAAACAGGCUCUAUGUUCAGCAUGACCCUGACCUGGGGCUCAAUCUCACCACCCUGGGAUCAUGACCUAAUCGGAAUCAAGAGUCAAGGGCUCAACCGACUGAACCACCCAGGCGCCCCUACUUUGUCAUUCUAAAUCAUUGUCCUUUA